AUGGCUCCUUCGACGAAUAAAGGCUCGCCUGUGAGCUUUGUACUGCAUCCCAGCCAGGUUGCCUGGCUCAAGACGAAGCUCGACGAUUACCGUGCGGUCAAGGGUAAAUCGAAGAGAAGAGCGUUCGCGCUGAGGAUCGCUCAACUUCUCAGAAACGAAAUGAACACGAUUUCGGGGGCGAACAUGUCGCAGGCGAAGGAGGAACAACUAAAUCUCGCGGUCCAAAAGUGGUUCGAGAGCCACAAGUUGGACAAGCACACCUCACCCCGUAAAUGGACGACUAGAUGGAGCGCCCACCUUGUCUUGAAGUAUCGGCGCACGCGAGCCAUUACUCACCUUGCCACUCUCAUCCUCAACGACCGGCCUCUCCCCGACCUUCGCAGGCUCAUCGAAGACGAAGACACGGUCAUCGCAGAGGCCGAGCAGUUGGAACCAAUCUCUGUGGAUUGGGAAAACGAAGAGGAAGAGACAGGAGACGGGGACGGGGAUGGUGGGAGUGAAGACGCGGACGCGACUUCCGGGACGGUGGUGAGUGAACCUCAGUCCGCUGCGUUGCCGUCCACACCCGCUUCUCCGUUCGUGAAGUUUUCUCAAGCCACCAAGAUGUUGUGGGACGCCAUGACUCCCGAGGAACAGGCGUUCUACGAGAAUCUGGCAGACAAGUGGCGAUCAGAGGGUCCUCCCCGGGAGGAGCAGCGACGACUCGCUGAAAAGAAACUCGCGGAUCGGUGCAAGGAGUUCGCCACUGCCAUCUACAACGAUAUGAACGCGCGCGUUUUUUUUCUUCUGGGUUACGAAGACACCAAGGAGCGACUUGGUGUUACUUUGGAGUACAACCAAGAACUCACUGGCAAGCGCCCUUUUCUCAAGAUGUACAGCAAGGAGGUCGAGGAUUCGGGUGUCUUGGAUCGCUGGUGCGAAUACGUGGGCCUCUCCAUGGCUGAGGAUCACGAGGUUGACCCCAAAGCAGCGACUCUGAAGGCGACUCCGCACCAGAAGGUGAAGCCACUUCUCCCCCUGAAGCUCGACAAGUACGGUCGGCCCUCACUUCCGGCCCCGGACGAGAAGCCCGAGGGGUACCAGAGGGCGGUCUGGAUUAUUGACGUACUGCGUAGCUACUUCACGCGUCAUUACGUUUUGGCGUGCGGUGGGAAAGCCUUACCCCCCAUAGUCAGCGAUGACCGAGGUAGCGUUGACUGGAGGGACGUUCACGCUCAUGCCACCGAGUGUGUGGCCCCCGGAUUCCUCCCAAGCGACAUUCACACAGAAUUCCAUGAUCCUUCCCAGAUGCGUGCCCCUUAUCGUCGCCGUGUUUACGAGUAUCUUCUUGCCCGCCAAAACGACCCCAACGUCAGGACUGUUUUCGAGUUUGCAGCUGUCCCUGUCAAGAGGAGGGACCACAAUAACCGGGAAUACAUUGCGUGCAUCCCCAGCGUGAAAGAUUUCGAUCCUGUCGAGUUCACCGGGGAGGAGUGGGGGGAGUAUGAAUUCUCCUGCUCUUCCUCCUCUUCGUCUUCGUCCUCUUCUUCGUCUCCUUCGUCUCCAUCGUCUCUAUCCUCAUCUGUAUCGUCUCUAUCGUCUUCAUCAUCGUCGUCCCUGUCCUCAUCGGCGUCUUCAUCGCGUGCAUCUGACGAAUUAUCGUCGUCUGAAGAGGACUACGCCUUCGGGUCAGCCGAGGAAUUGUCAUCAUCAUCUUCGGAUUCUGCUUCUAGGAAAUCCGAAGACGAUGGUCAACCGUCAUGCUCAGGGGACCACGGUGAGCUGUCUUCCUCGGACGAGGAGUAUGACUUCAGGGUCAACGAAGACACUCUGCCUCCCCCAGCCUCGUCGUCUUCAGACGAGUCGGAUAGUCUUCCGGUCCCCAAGGCCCCGCGCAAGCGCAUGCGCCUCGACAUCACACCAGCCGAUGAAAAGGAGUUGGAGACACCACGGCAAACAAGGGCGGGGGCUGCGAAACAGUCAAGUGCAGCCAACUCUCGCGGUGGGUCGUCACGGGGCAAUCGCAGGGGUGGGCGGGGGAGAAGGUGA